AUGCUGAGGGAAACAAAGUUGAAGUCGAUCUCUCUUAUUCGCUACAAGGUAGAUUUUUUUAUAAAAGUUUCGCAUCACUCUCACGUCGCAUACAGACGCGGUGCGCGAAAAGGGGCAAUGUCGGACCAUGAAAUGACCAAUGCCAACAGCAUUGAUCCAUUAGAUUACGAGGCUUGCUACGUUUAUAAAUCCCAACAUGAAGUCUCACAUAUUGCGCCACGUCCAAAAAAGAGGAGAAAAAUAACAAGAGUGUCUAACAUAUCCGGAGCAUCUGAAAUUUCGGAUGUUCUUAACUUCAGACCUCUACUUCGCGGGAUCGAGAACCAACAAUGCUGCAGGCUACGAUCUGAGUUAUUUGCAAAUUCGUGGGCUGUGACGGAAGCUCGAAUCCAGGAAAUACUCAACGAUGCUAACAAUGAAACUCUGGAUAGCAUUCUUGAGUUUGUGCUUAAUGCUGGAUGGGAAGAAGAUAGUUAUACUAUUCCCACUGGGUUCAUUGUCACCGGACCAAACAUUUCCUCACAGGAGUUUCUUUUCAAUCAAAUUUCUAGUCGGCUUAGAGCCCACAUAAAUGGAUCAGUAGUAAUCAUUCGUUCGACAGAUGUUUCAAAUAUCAAGUCAGUUCUUAAGCAACUCAUUCGAGACGCAAUUAGUCAGGGCUCGGAAAUAUUAGACGAUAAUUCAUCAUAUAACAUAGAAAAUGGACGAAAACUACUGAAUUUUGAUUUGAAAAUACUCCACAAUUUUGUCAAACAACACGGUAGUACGGCAAUAACAAUUGCUUUCCAGGAUAGCGAAGCCUUUGAUACAAAAAUAGUAGGAGAGUUGGUCGCUUUAUUCAGCUCUUGGAGAAAUCGUAUUCCAUUUGUACUCAUUUUCGGAAUUGCAACUUCUGUCGGCCUUUUUCGUGAAAGAAUAUCGAGGGCUGCUACAACACGACUCUAUGGAAUACAAUUUGAGGUUGAACAGACCAGUUCUCUUCUUGAACGUAUAUUUCUAAGGGUUGUGGCUGGGGCAAAAGUACCCUUGCGUCUUGGUCCGGACCUAAUUUCAGCAAUUCUAGAGCGUCAACAGGAUCAUGUUCAAAGUAUACAAGCCUUUGUUGCAGCACUUAAAUACGCUUACAUGUGUCACUUUUACUACGACGCCUUGAGUGUGCUGAAUUUAACCGGAAAAUCAAUACAGCUUUCAUCAAUUCUGCAGAAGGAACAUUUUGAAGCUGUCCGAAUGCUGAAAUCUUUCCGUAACUUCAUCGAAGAUAAUGUUUGCACAAAUAGCUCAAGAGAACAAAUGCAACUAGCUCAAAUGUUGUUGACGGACGAUAAAGUACUGUUAGAUGAAAUUAAACGAUCAAUAACAACCAAGAAUCUAUCUGUCAUUCAUCUUUUGAGAAUAAUUCAUGUACUAAUAACAGUAUCUCCGGAGGCUCCUCCAAAAAUAUACAUAUUUCAAAAAGCCUUUCGAGAUGGUGUUGAAGAUUUAGGACUAGUCCAAAAACUAAUUAGCUCUUUGAAGAGAAUGAUACCUUCUGAGUUAUCCGAUUUUAUUAAAAAGAUAAAAGAUGCAGUUUAUGGGGGAGCGCCCGAACUAGAUCUCUCUGGCUGGGCCGAUGAGGAAAAUGAAUUUUUUACGGAACUCACCAAUAUUCAGGAAAAAAUAUACGCGCUAGAAGAAGCAAGUUUGGGAGUAGGGCACCGUCUCAAGAGUAGUUAUACAAUACACAACAAGGGUCUUCGCACCACGGUUGUCGCGCAACGUAUUCAACUCAGCUACGAGGAAUCAACGCUUACAUCUGAAGAUAAAAAAUACACAGCUCUCGUUGAUCAACUAACGCAGCUCCUAAAUAAUUUUUUCAAAUUUAAUAAACUAGAACCCGAAUUCUUGCAUGAAGUCUGGACGUUUGAUUCUGUGCAACGCUUUCGCGAGGCCUUCACUCCCCGACCACGAGCGGCAAUAGAACGGGCCCUUUCUACACCCUCCGAUUAUCUUAAUAAUUUUGAAAAAUCUUCCCGUGGCUCGUCAGCUAGACCUCAAGCGACAGCAAUGCUAUACCAGAUGUAUCUUGAGAGUGGAGCACUGAUCAACACCUACGAUCUAUGGAAGGUAUUCUCCAACGCUAUAACAACUAGCAGUGACCAAAAGUUGGAUGAAAGGGAUACAUUAGUCUUUUUCUACCAGGCAAUAGCUAAUCUGAAGAUGCUGGGCAUGUUAAAGCAGAGUAAAAGAAAAGCUGAUCAUUUAGCCAAAUUGGCCUGGAAAGGACUAUGA